AUGGAGAGCACCGAUUCUUCCGGUGGUCCACCUCCGCAGCCUAACCUUCCUCCAGGAUUCCGGUUUCAUCCAACCGACGAAGAGCUCGUCGUUCACUACCUCAAACGCAAAGCCGCCUCCGCUCCGUUACCUGUCUCCAUCAUCGCCGAAGUUGAUCUCUACAAAUUCGAUCCUUGGGAACUUCCCGCAAAGGCAUCGUUUGGAGAGCAGGAAUGGUACUUCUUCAGUCCAAGAGAUCGGAAGUAUCCGAACGGAGCGAGGCCAAACAGAGCGGCGACGUCGGGAUACUGGAAAGCGACCGGUACGGAUAAACCGGUGCUUGCCUCCGAGGGAAACCAGAAAGUAGGAGUGAAGAAGGCACUCGUCUUCUACAGUGGCAAACCUCCAAAAGGCGUUAAAAGCGAUUGGAUCAUGCAUGAGUAUCGUCUCAUCGACAACAAACCAAAUAACAGACCUCCUGGUUGUGAUUUCGGCAACAAGAAAAACUCCCUCCGGCUUGAUGAUUGGGUGCUAUGUCGAAUCUACAAAAAGAACAACGCAGGCCGACAUGUGGAUAACGAUAAGGAUCACGAUAUGAUUGAUUACAUCUUCAGAAAAAUUCCUCCGUCGAUAUCAAUGGCGGCGGCUGCUGGUGGUGGUCUCCACCACAAUGUCUCCAGAUCGAUGAAUUUCUUCCCGGGAAAAUUCUCCGGUACUGGUGGUUACGGGCUUUUUUCUGAAGGCGAUCCGAGUUUGUACGAUGGCAGUGGCAUGAUCAACAACGGUGCUGAUUCAGUGAAUCUCAAUAACGACGCUGACGUCAUUGGUUCGUCGUCUGGCCCGAUGAUGAUGGCGAAUCUGAAACGAGCUCUUCCGGUUCCGUAUUGGCCGGUAGUGGAGGAAGAACCGGAUGUAUCUCCGAGCAAGCGAUUUCACGGCGGCGGCGGUGGUGGAAGAGGAGGAGGAGACUGUUCGAACAUGUCUUCUUCUUCCGUUAUUGUGGAGACUCCGCCAAUGAUGCAACAGCAAGGUGGUGGUGUGUUAGGAGACGGAUUAUUCAGAACAACGUCGUACCAAUUACCCGGUUUAAACUGGUACAAUUCUUAA